AUGUACGCACUCGCGUUAACGCUGGCUGUGGUCGGGUACUUCUUUGUAUACCCGGUCAUCUACUACUUCUACGACCCCAAGGGACUGAGGAAAUACCCCAAUUUCUAUCGUCUCUCUGGAAUCUCCGAUCUACCUCUGAUCUAUGAGUCACAUAUGGGCUUCCGCUCACGUAACCUCCUCGAAGCCCACAAGAACAACCCUGUGUUGCGAAUCGGUCCGAACUCUCUCUCUUUCUCACACCCCAACGCCAUCAAGGACAUCUACGGCCACAGCUCCAACUGCACCAAGGAUCGCUUCUACUCCGAGACUGCGGGUAGUCACCACCACCUUGCAGAUGUCGUUGACAAGAAGGACCACGCCCGAAAGAGAAAAGUGCUAUCAAGCGCUUACGCGGUGAAGAAUCUUGAGGAGUGGGAGUUCAAGGUGGCCGAUGUCACUGGGAAAAUCAUCAAGGCUUUUGACAAGCACUGCACCGAUCCACUGCCCCCCAACCAGAAUCCAAAGAAAGAGGACCUGAAAAUAGACUACCGGAACUGGACUGUGUUGUGGACUGCUGCUGCCAUCGCCAAUAUCGGUCUGAGUGAGGAUCUUGGAUUCCUUGAUGAAGGAUCUGACUCAAUCAAGUCCGAAUGCAAGGAUGGCACCAUCAAGGAUGUUUCUUUCCGUGACUGCCACACCGCUACACAGACAGCGUCCUUCCGGUUGGUCUGGGCUUACGACUGGUUCCCCACUAUCCGUCGGAUCAGUAAAUUGGUCUCAUCGAGCUAUCGCCGCUGGUGGAAAUUGGACGAGGAUUGGGGUGGUAUCGUCUAUAACCGAGCGACUACACGGCUGAAGCGAUAUGAGAACGGCGAGAAGUUGGACGACUUCUUCACAGCAAUCAUGGCAGACAAGAAUGGCACGCCAAACAACCUGGAAUGGGGCGAAAUCGUUGCGGAGAUCAGCAUCAUGAUGAACGCUGGACAUGAUACGACAGCGAUCGCACUCCGAAACGCUCUCUUCUUCUUGUUGAAGAACCCGAAAUGCAUGGAGAAACUGCGCAAGGAAAUUGAUGACGUCUUGGAAGAAGAUGAGGUCGUUGCACCGUAUGGAAAGGUGAAGCAUCUACCAUAUCUCCGAGCCUGCAUAGAUGAAAGCCUUCGAAUGAUGCCGCCUAUUGUUUUCGGAUUGCCUCGCCGCACGCCUAUGGAGGGCACUUCAAUUCUGGACAACUAUGUUGCUGGAGACACAUCGGUUAGCAUUUCAUCGUACGUGAUGCAUCACCAGGAGUCAGUCUUCAAGGAUAACGCCACCUACAACCCGGAGAGAUGGCUGGGAGAGGAGGGCAAAUCCCUUCAACCAUACUUCAUUCCCUUCAGUACUGGAGCACGAGGUUGUAUUGGCCGAAACAUCAGCUACCUGGAACAAACCGUCUUCAUCGCUUCCUUGGUUCACCGAUACGAAACUCCAAUCUGA